UUCUGUCUCGCGCCAGCAGCUGUCACCUGAGAAAGAUUGAGAUUCCCUCACCAAGAGACUAGGCUUGUGCCGACACAGGCACAGCUCGGAUUCCCUCCCCGAGGAGAUCUAUUUCCGCUCUUGGGGGAGCCAAAGAGGAGGCACAACUAUGGCAGAGAAGCCCUUGAAGAAGUCCUCCGUCCCUGGGGUGAGCAUCCGGCAGCUGGUGGAGGACAUCCCUGCAGGCUGCAGCACGCCGGACUUUGAGCAGAAGCCUGUCACCUUGGCUCUGCAGGAGGGGAAAAAUGCCAUCUUUCGGGCUGUGGUCUGCGGGGAGCCCAGGCCCAAGGUGCAUUGGCAGAGCACCAAAGGUGACCUCAGUAAUUCCAGCAAGUACCAGGUCUCCUCUGCCCCUGGCAGCAAGGAGCAUGUGCUACAGGUCAACAAGCUGACAGGUGAGGACACUGACGUGUACCGCUGCACAGCGGUGAACAUGUACGGAGAGGCCACGUGCACAGUGAGACUCACCGUCAUCGAAGUUGGCUUUCGGAAGAAACGGAAGAGGCAAAAGGAAUCACAAGAGGACCUCAGGAAGGAGCUGAUGGACUUCAGGAAGUUGCUGAAAAAGAGGGCCCUACCAGCCCCUGCGAAAAAGGUAGACUUGGAGCAGGUGUGGCAGCUGCUGAUGACAGCAGACCGGAAGGACUACGAGCAGAUUUGCAUGAAGUACGGCAUUGUUGACUACCGGGGCCUGCUGCACAAGCUGCAGGAAAUGAAGCAGAAACAGGAGGACAAGAUGGCGCAGUAUGUCAAGGCCAUCUCCAACUUGAGACACAUCAGGGUCACCAAGGAGGGAGUCGCAACAUUUGACCUGGAGCUUGUUCUCAAGGAUUCUGAGAGCAAGAUUUACUUAUAUAAGGAUGGUGAAAUGGUCCCCUAUGGCUUCGACAACCUGACCAAGCACUGUCUGCGCCGGCUGGGGAAGCGCUACCACUUCCAAAUUCAGGACCUGAGGCCGGAGGACUCCGGCAUUUACCAGGUCAAGGUGGAGGAUACCAUAGUCUUCUCCACAGAAUUAGAGGCCAGAGCCAUCCCCGCCAGAGUGGUGGUCCCGCUGGCUGAGACUCUCUGUGAAGAGCAGGCCGAUGCAGUCUUUGAAUGUACUCUCUCCAACACCUGUCCCAAGGCUGCCUGGCAAUUCCGGCACCGGCCACUCCAGCCCAGUGACAAAUAUGAAGUGUCUGUGUCCCCUGAUGGGUUGACCCACCGGCUAGUGGUGAGGGGGGCCCGUUUCUCAGACAUGGGCCUCUAUUCUCUGGAUACCGGGUUCUAUGCCUCCAGUGCCUGGCUAGUGGUUGAAGCGGGCAAGGAUAAAGACCUUCAGACCACAAGCACUGACAGCCAGCAGCAGGUGCAAGGAGCCCAGGCCUCAGAAGCAGAAGACUCUGGGACCAUCAGUAACCAGGAAGGGAAACCUAGAGAGCAGGACCCCCCAAGGGGCUCCGUCAAGGGGGCUGAGCUAGCUUCUGGGCUUCAGUGGGUUGCUGGCCCCAAAAGGGCUGGCCUUGACAGGCAUGGAUGCUCCUUAAGGGAGGAUGAAGGGGCAGCUCACUCAGACUGGGGCCCAGGGCAGGAAAGAAAGGACUUUCCAGAAGCAGGGGGAGGCAGAGUCACUCCUGGGGAAAAUCAGCCCCACAAAGAGGGAGGUUGGGCCAGAAGCCUUCUAGGGAAGCCUCAUCUGCAGGGAGAGAGCCCACAAUCAGAGUUGGGCCUCAUGGAAAAACAGCAAGAUCAUGGCAGAAAUAGUGAUGGGGACAGAUGCUGGGGGACGACAGGAGGCUGGGAGGCAGGGUCCAGUGGCUCUCAAGUUGAAGAACUGAAGAGCAGCUGGGAAGGAAAGGAGCAUAGAGAGGACAGUGGAGAUCAACUGGUCAACCAAGACCAAGAACGACUCCAGGACACUCAACUUGGACCUGGGGUAGGAAAGAGGAACCUGCAAGGAUCCCAGUCUGGUCCUACAAGGUCCUGGUUGAAAGGGGAGGGGACAGAGAUGACUUUGCAGGGUGACAGCUUGGAUGAGAUGGAGGGAGGGGACAAUCUAUGUAGGGAAAGGGGGAAAAGAGUAGCAAGGGUAGUGUGGGGGGCAGCAGGAAAUAGCAGUGGGGAAGGAGAUCUUAGCACCAUGGAGUUUCCUGGAGGAAGAGGCUCUAGCUUCAAGGCAGGCAUGGGCCCUGAAUCUUGGAUUUCUCAGGGAGGUAGAGAUGCUGACUAUGGGGAAGCCAGCGGAUACUGGGAGUCAGGGAAGUAUCUAGGACAGAUAUCUGGAGGCAAGAACUUCCAGGAACCAUCACUAUCAGGUGCCAGAAAAUUCCCUCUAGAGAGUGAAAGUCCUGAGGCCAAAGCUGAGGACUCCCUGCAGGAGGCAGGUGAUCUACGCUCAGGGCAUUCUGUAGGUACAGGAAGGGGCUAUGAAACUGGCUUAGGAGACCCCAGGGGCUGGGAAGGUGGCUUACAGGAGCUUGGGAGAAGGGAUGGCCAGGAGAUAGCAAGGGCCUUGUGUGGGGCAGGGGAAAGCUCUGGAAGCCUCCAGUCUUCCCAGGACUGGGCAGCAGGGCAGUGGGGAGAAGGGCGAGCCAGCAGACUGGAGUCUGAGAGCACAGGUCCCUGGGAUGACACAUGGUCCAGCCUCAGAAAAACUGGGAUCCAUCAAGGGCCAGGAAUGCUUGGGUCCAGUGAGGGGAAAGGGGGAGUAGGUGGUAAGACUGGGCUGAUAGAGUCUGGUCAGGGGGCAGAUGCUGGAAGCCACAGCCUGAUUAGGUCUCCAGGCCUGGAUGCUCAGGGACCUGGGGGCACAUUAGGAGAAUCAAAGGGAUUAAGAAGUUCAGGGGUAAUAGGGUCUGAACCAGAUUUCUGGAAUGAGUCUGACAGCUCCAGAGGAAAAGAAUGCAGAGAAGAGAUGGGCUAUGAGGAUGGCUUAGGAGGCCCAGCGAGAAUGGAACCUAGGUAUGGGGAUGGCUCAGGACCUCCUAGGGGAAUAAGUGUUGAAAAUGGGGCUGGUUAUAGUGACGGCUCUGGAGUGCCAGCAGAAAUGGGGUCUGGUCACAGUGCUGGUUGCAGAGUUGCCUCUGGGAAACCUGUGGAAACAGAGUCUGAGCAAGGGGGUGCUUACAGGGAUAGCUCAGGGGUUCCUGGGGGAAUGUGGUCUGGACACAGAGGUUGUGGCCCCACAGGAAGGAGGUCUGGGAGAGUUGCUAGUCUCAGGAAUGGCUCAGGUGGCCCUGAUGGAGCAUCCAUGGAUGAAGCCGGAAAUUGGGAUGCUUGCAGAGGCCAGAGGGAAAUGGGCCCUGGGGGAGGGCAUCAUUUGGAUGGUGGCCUAGGGAGUUCUAGGACAGUGAGGUCCAUGGAUAGAGAUAGUCUCAAGGCCUCUGGAACAGUGGAGACUGCUAGGGAGGGACAUGUGGAAGCAGAGCUGGGAGGCUCUGGAAGGAUAAGGUGUUGGGGACAGACUGGAGAUUAUGGGGGCUUCAGAGCCUUGAGGGCCCUGGGGACCUUCAGAGAAAGAGGCUAUGAAGAUGGCCCUGGGGGUUCAGGAGCCAUGGAAUCAGGGCCUCUGAGGGGAGGGGCAAAGGUGGUUGAUGGGGAUGGGACCAGGUACCUUGGUGCUACGGCCUCUGGAGCUGGAAGUGGUUAUUGGGAUACCAGCCACCCUGAGGCUCUAGCUCCUCACUCUGGGGAUGGUUCUGAGAGUCAGUGGGCCUAUGGGUCUGGCAAUGUGCUAGGUUAUAGGCCUGGAUCAGAAAUUCCAGAGCCUCAGGGAACUGGAGUCAAAGCCCCUUAUAGAAGAGGGUCAAGGGGCCUUGGGCCUAGGACAACAGGGUCAGGGGAUGAGGCUGGUUUUAGGGGUGGCUCAGGAGGCCUCAGAGAAAUGAGAUCAGAUGGGGCAGGUGGUAGAAAUGAUAUUAGGGGUUCUGGGGAAAUGGGGUCAGCAGAUGACACAGGUUACAGGAAAGAUUUGGAGGCUCCUGAGGGAAGGAGUUUGGGGAGCAAGACAUCCUUUAGGAAUGCUUUAGGGGGUUCUGGGGAAAUGGGAUUAGCAGAUGACACAAGUUACAGGAAAGAUUUGGGGACUCUUGGGGGAAGAGAUUUGGGGAGCAAGGAAGCCUUUAGGGAUGGUUUAGGGGGUUCUGGGGAAAUAGGGUCAGAGGAUGACACAGGUUACAGGAAAGAUUUGGGGGCUCCUGGAGGAAGGGGCUCAGGGAGAAAGGCAUCCUUUAGGGAUGGUUUAGGGGGUUCUGGGGAAAUGGGAUUAGCAGAUAACACAAGUUACAGGAAAGAUCUGGGGGCUCCUGGAAGAAGGGGCUCAGGGAGCAAGGCAUCCUUUAGGGAUGGUUUAGGGGGUUCUGGGGAAAUGGGGUCAGAGGAUGACACAGGUUACAGGAAAGAUUUGGGGGUUCCUGAGGGAAGGGGCUCAGAUAGCAAGGCAGCCCUUAGGGACGGUUUAGGGGCUUGUGGAGAAAUGGGGUCAGCAGAUGACACAGGUUAUAAGCAAGAUUUGGGGGCUCCUGGAGGAAGGGGCUUGAGGAGCAAGGCAGUCUUUAGGGAUGGUUUAGGGGGUUCUGAGGAAAUGGGGUUGGCAGAUGACACAGGUUGCAGGAAAGAUUUGGGGGCUCCUGAGGGAAGGGGUUUAGGGAUCAAGGCAGCCUUUAGGGAUGGUUUAGGGGGUUCUGGGGAAAUGGGGUCAGGAGAUGACACAGGUUAUAGGAAAGAUUUGGGGUUUCCUGAGGGAAGCGGUUUGGGGAUCAAGGCAGCCUUUAGGGAUGGUUUGGGGGGUUCUGGGGAAAUGAGGUCAGCAGAUGACAUAAGUUACAGGAAAGAUUUGGGGGCUUCUGGGGGAAGGGAUUUGGGGAGCAAGGCAGCCUUUGAGGAUGGUUUAGGGGAUUCUGGGGAAAUGGGAUCAAGAGAUGACACAGGCUACAGGAAGGGUUUGGGGGCUCUUAGAGGAAGGAGUUCAGGGAGCAAAGCAGCCUUUAGGUGUGGUUUGGAGGGUUCUGGGGAAAUGGAGUCAGAGGAUGACACAGAUUACAGGGAAGAUUUGGGGGUUCCUAGGGGAAGGGGCUCAGGGAGGAAAGAGAUCUUUAGGGAUGGUUUAGGGGGUUCUGGGGAAAUAGGGUCAGUGGAUAAGGCAGGUUAUAGGCAUGUUGCAGGGGGUUCUGAGAGGAUUCCAUUAGGGAAUGAGGCAGAUUAUAGGCAAGGCUUGGAGGAAACUUGGGGAAUGGAAUCAGGGAGUGAGGUCAGUUAUAGGGGAGGCCCAGGAGGACCUGGGAAAAGGGAGCCAGAGGGUGAGAUGGGCUGUGAAGAUAGUUCAGGGCAGUUUGAAGUGCCAGGCUCACUGGGUGGACCCAGAGGCCACAAAGCUAUGGAGCAUGGGUCAAGAUAUUUGGUAGCAUUCAAAGGUGGCAUGAGCUCCAAGGAUGGCCCACAGAGGGCCAGAGGAACGGUGCCUGCUGAUGGGGCAGGCCCUAAGGUGGGCCCUGGGAUGGCUGGAAUGCUACGCACUGUAGACAGCACAGCAUACACGGGCAGCCCUAGGGUCCCAGGGAUGCCAGAGACUCAGGGAGGGCCAUAUGGGUGGGGCUCCACCAAUGGUCUUAGAGGCGAUAGAACCUCAGGGGUCCCUGUGGCCUUGGAGGCUGUUGGUUCCAAAGAAAAACCAGAUAUUGAGGAGGGGCAAGAUGGUUCUGGGAUUGCAGGGUCUUCUAGGGACAGAGGGGUCCCCAGGUGGAAGGGUAGGUCUGCAGACCAAGGAGGAGAUAGAAAGGGUUCUGGGUUUUUUGAUAGUAAGGAGGCAGUAGAAGGUGAGACCUGGGCAGAGGUGGAUGUUUUGGAGUCUAGACCUGAACGGGACAUUCAGAAAGAAGGUCCAGGAAUAGCAGACAAAGGUAGAGUUCCUGAACAGGGUGGAUUAGGACCUCAGGGAGGUGGGGACUCACUGCUGGGAGGCAGAAGGAUGGGAGCAGGUUCAGGGAGCUCAGCAGGGGAAGGCCAGGCCAUGGUCAGCAGCUCCAUGCCUAAGAGAAGGGGAAAAUCAACAGAAGGACCUGAUGAUGGGCGAGGGGUGAGCAGCACUGGGGCCCCAGGCUGGGAAGACCAGUGGUUUGGGCAAUGCAGCACAGGUGCUGGGAGCCAAGCCUCAGGAUCCAGGGCUUCCACUACUCUGCAGGAGAAAGGUGUCACUUUUAGUGGGACCCAUGAAGGGCCAGGGGGCUUUAAAGGCAGGGAGGGUGCACCAGGCCAAGAAGGUCAAGGCUCACAAUCCCCGCAUAGCAAAGGUUCAGAUCCUGGGAGGGACAGGUCUGGUGGUGCAGAGGACUCAGGUAUCCUGGGCAAGGGGAAUUCCACUGAGUGGGGUGAUGGCCUCACCCCAAAACCGGGGGACUCAGGACCUCAGGAAGCCUGGAAUGUCUUAGAUGGUCCCUGUGGCAGAAAAGGUUAUGGAGACAGAUCAGGAGGGAUCCAGGGCCUGAGUUCUCAGCUAAGCAAAAGACAGAGAAAAGGAAGGGGGUCCCUCAGGGAGCAAGAGUCCCUGGAGGCUGAGAAUGGAGAGGCCCAAGGUCCCAGGGCCCUAAAGGAGAAUGAGGGCUGGGGAGAGGAAGCAUCUGAAAGGUUAGACAGGAAGCCUGGUUCACUCAAGAGCAGUUCUCAAGCACAAUCAGGGGCUGAGGUUGGAGUAGCCAAGAGAGUGGAAGUGGACUUGGCCAGAGGCACGGGGCAGCCUCCUGUGGGGCAGACUGGAGGGUGCCUAGGAGAACCUCCAUGCGAAGACUGGAGCCAGGAGACCCUAAGUGAUCUUGGCAGCAGAAGUGGCAAAGAGGGCAGCAAGGGCAGAGAUGCCACCCAGAGUCCCACAUCCAGAUACAAGCACGGCACUGACAGUUUCUCCGCAGAGGCCCGAGGUCCCUCCGGCCACUUCUCCCAGGGCCUGGCAGACACGGAGGUGCAACAGGGCGAGACCGCCAUACUCUCUUGCACCCUCACCAGUGACCUGGGACCUGGCACCUGGUUUAAGGAUGGAGUCAAGCUCACCACCCAGGAUGGAGUUGUCUUUGAGCAAGAAGGUCUCGUGCACAGACUCCUCGUUGCCCAUGUACAGGGGACCCAGGCUGGGAGGUAUACCUUUGUAGCCAGCAACCAGCAGAGCGAGGCCACCCUGACUGUCCAGGACACCCCCAUCAUUGCUCCAGAUGUGACAGAGAAACUGAGAGAGCCACUGGUGGUCAAGGCUGGGAAGCCUGUGGCAGUGAAGAUCCCCUUCCAGAGCUGCCUUCCCAUUCAGGCCACCUGGAGGAAGGACGGGGCUGAGAUGGACAGCAGUGGCAGCAGGGGCACCCAGAUGGCCCUGGGGGAUGGCUACACACGACUAUGCCUCCCCAGUGCAGACAGGAAGGAUUGUGGCCAGUACAGCGUGACACUGAAGAGCAAGCGAGGCUCUGUACAAGCCAAGCUCACCCUGCAAGUUAUAGACAAGCCUAAGCCUCCUCAAGGCCCCCUGGAGGUGCAGGAUUGCCAUGGGGCUGGUGUCUGCCUCCGCUGGCAGCCCCCGAGGGAUGACGGGGGCCGGGCCGUGGAGCACUACGUGGUGGAGAGGCGACAGGCUGGCAGGAGCACCUGGCUGAAGGUGGGCGAGGCUCUGGCAGAUGGCACCACCUUCACUGAUGCCCGCGUGGAGCGAGGCUGGAAGUAUGCCUUCCGUGUGCGGGCUGUGACCUCAGAGGGAGCUGGCGAGGCCCUGGAGUCUGAGGAGGUGCUGGUGGCUCCUGAAGCUCCUCCAGGGGCCCCUUCUGCUCCAGCCAUUGUGUCAGCCUCCAGCCAGGGGAUCACACUAACAUGGACAGCACCUCGGGGCCCUGGCAGUGCCCACAUCCUGGGCUACCUGAUUGAGAAGCGCAAGAAAGGGAGCAACACCUGGACAGCAGUGAAUGACCAGCCCCUGCCUGAAGCUAAGUUCUGUGGAGGGAGGAUGAGCCCAGAGCAGCUUCCUCUCCAAGUCACAGACAUGUCCAACACCAGCAUCACCCUGAGCUGGACCAGACCGGAUGCCCAGGAUGGGGAUGAAGCCCAGGGCUAUGUGGUAGAGCUGUGUGGCUCAAACAGUCUCCAAUGGAUUCCAUGCCAUGUGGGCACUGUGCCAGUCACCACCUACAUGGCCAAGGGGCUUCGGCCCCAAGAAGGCUACUUCGUGCGUGUGACAGCAGUUAACAAAGGAGGCCAUAGCCAGCCCACUGUCCUGGACACGUUAGUGCAAGCCACACCCAUUACUGUCUGUCCCAAGUUCCUAAUAGAUUCCAGUAUAAAGGACUCGCUGACGGUCAAGGCUGGGGACACCUUUCGCCUGCCUGUCUCCUUUGAAGCUGCCCCCAUGCCUGAGGUGACUUGGCUGAAGGAUGGCUUGCCCUUGCCCAAAAGAAGUGUGACCACCACCAAGGAUGGCCUUACGCAGCUUCUGAUUCCUGUGGCCAGCCUCUCAGACAGUGGCCUCUACACCGUGGUGCUGAGGAGCCUUCAGGGGAAGGAGGUUGCCCACAAUUUCCGCAUCAAGGUGGCAGCGUGUCCGCAGCCGCCAGGCCCCAUCCGCCUGCAGGAGAACGUGCCUGGGACGGUGACUGCUGAGUGGGAGCCCUCUCCAGACGAGGCCCAGGGCAUCCCGCUGCACUACGCUGUCCUGACGCGCUCCUCCGUGAACAGCCGCUGGCGGGAGGCGGCGGACCGUGUCUACACCAACCGCUUCACCCUCCCGUGGGUCCUCCCGGGCUAUGAGUACCACUUCCGGGUGGUGGCCAAGAACGAGGUGGGGGCCAGCAAACCCUCGGACACCAGCCAGCCCUGGUGCAUCCCCCGGCAGCACAACAAGUUCACAGUGAAGGCUCGGAGCUACCGGGAGCCCAACCUGAGUCAGAAGCCCCGGUUCCUGGUGGGCCUGCGGUCACACCUGCUGCCCCAAGGCUGCGAGUGCUGCAUGAGUUGCGCUGUGCAGGGCUCACCCCGGCCCCAUGUCACCUGGUUCAAGAAUGACCAGAGCCUGGAAGGAAAUCCUGCAAUGUACAGCACCGACAUGCUGGGCGUGUGUUCCCUUGUCAUCCCCAGCGUCUCCCCUGAGGACAGUGGCGAGUACAAGGCGGUGGCAGAGAACAUGCUGGGCCAGGCUGUCAGCACUGCCACCCUCAUUGUCAUAGAACCUAGCUUCUAGCCCUGCCUCACCCUGGGAUGGCCCUGGAUCCCUGAAGCUUCACUCCUAAAACUCAUGCUGACCCAAGGAGACAAUCCCCAAGGAUGGACUCUGUGCCCAGAGCCCCAAGAAGCCAGGAACUGAGGAGGUUCCUGGGGAAGUUUGGCCAGGACACACGCUCCUAAGGGAAGAAAACUGAUGGGGCAGGGGUGGUGUCUCCCGGCCCCAAGCUAAGUCACUGAGCAGAAUGACAGUGAGCUUUGGGGUUUCUUUCUUCUCCAAGAGAGCACAUGCUACAGGGUGGGGUCCAUCUUGUUUUCAUAGGCUGGGAGGGAGGGUGGGAACAGUGGAGCCAGC